AUGGGCCCCGUUGAUGACAAGCGGGCCACCCAGUUUAUUGCGGAUAAGAUUCCUCUGCUUGAACAACCUCCCCCUGAUACUGUAACUACAAUGCCCUUACUACCUGUACCCAGACAUAAGCCCAAAGAGACCAUACCAUCCAGCGUGCGUCUGGCCAAAAGGUCUAUUGUUUCCUCGCCUGCGGAGCCAAGUUAUAAGAUCAUCCAAGGCCAACCACAAGGCUUGGCUCUUCCAGAGGCCACUAGGUUAUCAGGGAAUAAUGUGGGUUCCAAUCUAGACACUUUCAAGAAAUUUUAUAAAUGUGACUUAGCAGGCACUGUUACUAUAUAUGUCCGAUGCUUUGGUUGCCGUGUAGUCUGGGCGAUUCACCAGUAUUCCUAUAAAGAUACUAACAAAAUCCUUAAAACCCUCCAUAAGUUCCAUCCGCUUAUGCUUGAUCAUCUGACUGCUAUUCUAUCUCAGGUCAUAUCCAGUCUCAUGUUAAUAUAUCUGUCAUAUCUUGUCUCCCAUACGUCACUGGAUUGUUCCAGCAUACUAAUGAGCCUCGAAGGGGAGAUUCAAAUUGUUGAUUUAGCAUCUAUAGCGCGAGUAAUAAUACAGCUUAUACAGAAAUAUACCAAGAAUGACGGGACAGUUGGGAUUAACAAUCUUGAUCACUGGCGGAAGUUCCCAGCUGCUAUUGAAUUCCUCUCGGCGACAACGUCAGCUGGCUCGUUUGAAGAAUUGAAAAAGCAUCUUCUGUCGGAAGUCCGUUGGUCUCCUAGUGACCUAAUUGGUAUUGCAUGGUUUGCCUUGAUAUCUGCACGCACCUUUUACUCGUACACACCUCUUUCGGAUGCGGAAACAUAG